CUUCCUCUAAAUCUUUGGUCACGGGUCCUUCCCCAUGAGGUCUGCAUUGUGGCCCGGUCUACUAUGAUCUUAUUCUUGGAAAGAGCGUCAGCGAGCAGCUGAGAGAGAUGUCCUCUCAGUUGGAAGGAGGCCUGCAGCUGGAGAAUACUGCAAAACUUGAAGAACUUAAAUCCAAAGAGGAAGUUGACGUGACAAGCUCUGACGGAUGCGCGGAGCGGCGCAGCUGCCGCGUGGACAGAGAGGAGACUAAAGUGGCGCUGUCUCCGGAGGGCCAUCAGCAGAAACCACGCAAGAUGACCCGGAGCCCCAAAUGUGCCCGCUGUCGGAACCACGGCGUCGUUUCGUGUUUGAAAGGCCACAAACGCUUCUGCCGCUGGAGGGAUUGUCGCUGUCCCUGCUGCCUGCUGGUGGUGGAGCGGCAGAGAGUCAUGGCGGCGCAGGUCGCUCUGAGGAGGCAGCAAGCCGCGGAGGUGAGGGGCGCACAGGGGCAGGGUAAGAGGGGGGUCAGGUGUGCAGGUCCGUUGAGGAGGACUGCGUAUCAGCGUUACACGAGAGCAGUCGAACCGAGCAUACUGGCUAAGAGCAUCCUGCUGGGGUUCAAACCGGCAGUGCCAGUGGAGGACUACACCUCCUGCUGGUCGAAGCAGACACCGGGGGGCCAAACCCACCCUACGUGUCCCCAGAUGAGCGCCCGGAUGAGGAAGAGGAGAGCCUUCGCAGACAAGGAGCUUGAGAAUGUGAUGCUGGAGCGGGAGCUGAGGCAGAGAGAGCUGCAGAGCGAACUUUCCCUCUCCUCCUCCGCUGCCCUCACCCCCAUGCUUCACCCACCGCCCCUGCCUGCCUCCCCCAGCCUCCACUGUUGUCUUCUCAACAAAGACCCCACCUCUGCAGGGUCGUCCAGUUACGUGCCUGUGUACAAAUACAAGCCUCUGUAUGAGUGUGACUUCCAGUUCUAUCAGUUCCUUCACCUAAAAAGCAUGUCUGCUGCAGAAGACUAUAACAACUUCUUAUACUCAGAGCAAACCAAGGAGGAUGAGGAGGUGCAGAACAGCUGUAGAGGUUGUGAGAAGAAAGAUAGUCUAGAGCUGACGCCUCUAACAUCUCGAAGACUCAAACAUCAUGGCAGCACCGUGUCAGGUCUAGAUUCUGUCAAAUCCUCCUCAAAACCAACAGAAAUAAUGGACUCAAAUGGCUGUUCACACCUCACACGCUCUAUUUUUGGAUCUGAUCACGGUAUUGUGGUCAGGCCAGACAUCAGUGCACCCAGCAGGACUUUUGAUCCCAGACCUCUGACAGCUAAGGGGUGGUGUGCAGAGCCCCCCGGAGACCAGGCAGCUCCUCAUGGCGACCCUGUCAAGAGCUCUAAUGGCAGCUCAGUCAGGACCCCCGCUGUGAGGCCAUUACCUUUCUCAGUGGAGGCUCUGCUGAGGGCCUGACGGGCAAACAGAAAGCAGGGCAAUGCACUCUGGUAAUGUGCAGACUAAGAAUUGAUGUUGAGUGAAAUAUAAUAAUUGCCUGUUGUAUACAAUGUUUUGAUAAGGGGUGGUUGUGAAGUAUAUAUUAACACAUUCAAGAAUAUAAAUCACAGCCUUUGUAUAACUUUUUUAAAUUUGUCAUAAAGAACUAUUUAGCUACAUUUGAAAUAUCAUUAAAAUAUAUACAAAUUA